AUGAGUGAUAGAGACAAUAAUGAACAUGGUGCCUCUUCGAACAAAAUAGCUUCAAAUGAAAAUAACGAAGCAAACAAGUUAGGAUUUAAUUUUGGUCAAUUAUGGCUGCAGAUAACAACAACUUAUCCUCUAAUCGACAGAAUUGAUAAUCAAAGACUGAGUAGAGAUGAAAAUAUCGGAGCAGAGCAAGAGAAAAAUCCCGUAGUUAUUUUAGGUAAAACAUAUGAUGAUGUUUCCAUGAAUGAUGGAGUUAUAGAACAGGAUAUACAUUCUAAAAUUUGGUUGACUUACAGAACGGGAUUUGAGCCCAUCCCCAAGUCUUUGGACGGACCCCAACCGUUAUCGUUUGUUCAGUCGAUGGUAUUUAAUAGAAAUCCGAUUUCCAGCACAUUCAACAAUUUCCACGGUCUAAUUGAUAAUGACAACUUCACUACUGAUGUUGGGUGGGGAUGUAUGAUAAGGACUUCACAGUCGUUGCUAGCAAAUGCAUACCAAUUGUUAUUGCUAGGAAGAGACUUUAGCUAUGAUAGAGAUAGAAAUUUGAGACACGACGAGAUUAUAGAUAUGUUUCUGGACGAGCCACGAGCGCCGUUUUCUUUGCAUAAUUUCAUCAAAGUGGCAUCAGAGCUGCCCUUGAGAGUCAAACCGGGGCAAUGGUUCGGUCCAAAUGCAGCGUCUUUAUCUAUAAAGCGAUUAUGUGAUAACGUAUAUCUUAGAAAUGGGGCAGGGAAAGUGAAAGUACUUAUCAGUGAGAGCAGCAACUUAUAUGACGAUACUAUAACACAAAUGUUUACGACAUUGAACCCGGUACCAGAUGCAUUAUUGAUAUUGCUACCUGUGAGACUUGGUAUUGACAAAGUAAAUCCUUUGUACCAUGCAAGCGUAUUACAAUUGUUGUCUUUAAAUCAAUCGGUAGGAAUUGCUGGCGGGAAACCUUCCUCAAGCUUUUACUUCUUUGGAUACCAAGGCAAUGAUUUGUUAUACCUAGAUCCCCAUUAUCCUCAAUUUAUCAAAAAUAAAGCAUCCAUAUACGAUACUUAUCAUACGAAUCUGUACCAAAAACUUAGCGUUGAUGAUAUGGAUCCUUCUAUGAUGAUAGGGAUUUUGAUCAAGGAUAUAAAUGACUACGAGGAUUUCAAGCGCAGUUGUACGGUAUUAUCUAAUAAAAUACUUCAUUUCCAUUCUACGUCUGAAAACCCCGAUAGAAGAACUUCUAUUAGUGAAUUCAAGAGAAAAAAUUCCGAAUUCGUAUGCAUCGAACUGAAGGAUGUACAAAGAGGUGAAGAAUUUAUUACAAUCAAUAAUACUUCGAAUGAUGACUUAACUAAUUUGGAAGGCUUUGUUGAUAUGGCUGACGAAUUUGACAGGGAAAUUGAUCAAAAUAACAAAGACAAUAGCUUUGAUGAUGACGAACCAAUUAAUGUUUCACAGACAAGUAUAGGAACAAGCUAA